AUGGAGGCAAAGAAAUUUGGAUCAACUCGAAUCGUGCUAAAUCGAAUUCUUGACAUUCUAGGUGUUCCAGAUGAUUACUACUAUAGCAUUUUUGGCAAAGAAUUGAGAUGCGUGAAAAGACCCAAUAAACUUACUGAAGAGCUCGAGAGGUUAUGCAAGAAAAGUAGCCUUCAAUAUGUAAAUGUGGUUGAUGUCGGGCUACUGGAUGUCGAAGAUUUCUGUGAUCUUCUUCAAAAGAUGCUGAACCCGGAUCAAAAAGUCAGACCAAGUGCAGAGGAAUGUUUGGAGCAUCCAUUUCUACAAGGAUUGAAUAAGCGAUUGCAAACUCAUGCCCUGAAUCGGCAACCGGUCACUGACGAGGAAAUGAAGGAUCGUAAUCAAAAGCACAAAGAACUGCUUAACAAACAACUUUUGAGUGGAUAUACAAGACUCUCUUUC